GUGACGAAUGUUAAGAAGCGAAACGUUGCUCGGCGAGAGGGUGGUGACGUCUUCCAGCGACACGUCAGCCACACGGAAGAAGGUCUCUGUCCGACCGACCUGCUGCAGCGUUGCUCCUACAAGGACCGUAGUUUCAUCGACAUGGGUGGUUUCUUCUCCAGUCUCUUCUCGGGCCUGUUUGGCACCAGAGAGAUGAGGAUUUUGAUCCUGGGUUUGGACGGCGCCGGAAAAACAACCAUUCUGUACCGGCUGCAGGUCGGAGAGGUGGUCACUACAAUCCCCACAAUCGGCUUCAACGUGGAGACAGUCACGUACAGGAAUCUGAAGUUCCAGGUGUGGGAUCUGGGAGGACAGACGAGUAUCAGGCCCUACUGGCGGUGUUAUUACUCAAACACAGAUGCGGUCAUCUACGUCGUCGACAGCAGUGACCGCGACAGGAUGGGCAUCUCAAAGUCUGAGCUGGUGGCCAUGUUGGAGGAGGAGGAGUUGAAGAAAGCUAUCCUGGUGGUAUUUGCAAACAAGCAAGACAUGGACCAGGCGAUGACGCCCACUGAGGUGGCCAACGCCCUGGGCCUUCCCGCCCUCAAAGACAGAAAAUGGCAGAUCUUUAAGACCUCGGCCACAAAGGGCACAGGCUUGGAUGAGGCAAUGGAAUGGCUGGUGGAUUCCCUGAAGAGUCGACAGUAAAGGCCCCCACCCAUUCUGUAUAUACACCUGACCUUUGACCCUUCUGUAUGAAGCCUUGUGACUGACUCCCUUCCCCACGUCCCACUUUUCACUGGACCAGUGAUUGCACUCCUCCCCCCCUCCAACCCACCUGAAGCCUUGGCCAAGCCCUCCCAAUGCCUAACGCCUUUCAAGCCUGGGACUUAGAAGCGACGGCUGCAGUAACGUCUGGACUGGGCACAAACACACUAAGUCCCAUCUCUACCGGUGAAGCUUUUAGAGAGCCGUAUGACUUCAGUGAUGGACGGGCAACAAGUUAGUAACUACAUUUUUGUGCGUUUUGGAAAUGCAGUUUUUACCAAUCUAUUUAAUCUAACAGCGUGACACACGUUAUCAUGCAUUAGAAGGAAUCAAUAAAUAAGACUGUGGAAAGCCCAUCCACUCUGACCCUCUGUAGCAUUUCUGAAAUCGUCAUUCGCAUGUAGUAAAGCUCGAAGAUCAGUAAGUGAUGGGCACUCAUGUCAGCAAAAGGAUGCAAUGAAGAUCCCCAUCAGAGGUUCGACCAUACAAACUCCGCUCCUGCUCCUGACCUGAGCAACCAGAGACGAGGACACAUCAUCACCACGGAGAAGCAGCUGCUUGAUUGCCAAGUCAUUAGACAUUUUUUAGUAGUGUGCUGGACUAGCUAUACUGUAUUGAAUCUGUUUAUUGCAGCAAGUAUGAAAUCCAAAUUUGGAUAACAUACCUUUCUGCUGGCUUGCAUGAAAUGUUCUGAUUUACUUUAGGAAAUUGCAAAUCUGGCCUCAAACAGUUAAAAAAAAAAAAAAAAA